AUGGCUAACAAGCCUGAUUUCGUAUGUUGGUGGCUAGCAGCUGCUAAAGCUGGUGUUAAAGCGGCAUUUGUUAAUUCUAGUAUCAAGUCUAAUGCAUUGGCCUGUGCCAUCGACAGUGCCGCAGCCGAUUUGGUCAUUUUUGAUGCCGAAUCAUCUACCGAGAUGGCAUCCGCAGGAGAUUUAAUUCGGGCUAAGAAUGCCGGAGUGCGCUUACUACACUGGGACUCCCUAGAGACUCCGGUGGCAGGGGCGACAUGCUUAACUAUUGAGGCCUUGAAUCAAGAGUUCCCCGGCGCAGCUACUACGCGCCCAGCCAGGACCGAAGAAUAUCGCAGAAGUGUUGUUACCAUGAUGAGUGUGUUUGGCUAUAUCUAUACCUCCGGCACUACGGGUAUGCCUAAAGCAGCAGCCAUCACUCAUUGGAGGAUGUGGGCCUUUGGCUCCUUCAUGGCAGCAAGCACCUCUCUAACAGAGACUGAUGUCAUUUACAUGUGCUUGCCUCUCUUCCACUCCUCUGGUGGUGCGCUCGCGAUUGGUGCAGCUAUUCAUACCGGAUGCACAAUUGCGCUCGCCCGACACUUUUCUGUGAGAAGGUUCUGGCAAGAUAUCAACCGAUACAA